AUGUCAUCCCUUCCAGCAACUUACAAACAGGCUGUGUUCAAGCAACACGGUGCAAAGCUUACUUUGGAAGAAGUGACGUUGACACCACCAAGCCGCGGCGAAAUUCUAGUUAAAGUUGAAGCUUGUGGAGUAUGCCAUUCUGACCACUUUGCACAGACCAAUCUGAUGGGCGGAGGGUUCCCCCUCGUUCCUGGUCAUGAAAUAAUCGGACGUGUUGCUGCAGUCGGAGAAGGAGAGACAGCAUGGAAAGUCGGUGAUCGGAUUGGAGGUGCCUGGCACGGUGGACAUGAUGGUACUUGCAGGGCAUGCAAAAAGGGCUACUUCCAAAUGUGCGACAACGAGCAGGUGAACGGAAUAUCCAAGAAUGGUGGCUACGCUGAAUACUGCCUCAUCAACCAAGAAGCAGCAAUUCAUAUCCCGGAACACGUGGACGCAGCCGAGUACGCACCGAUGCUCUGUGCUGGCGUGACAGUCUUCAACUCAAUCCGACAAAUGAACAUCCCCAGUGGCGAAGUCGUCGCCAUUCAAGGCCUGGGUGGACUUGGUCAUUUGGCAUUGCAGUAUGCAAACAAAUUUGGAUAUAAAGUUGUGGCGCUCUCCCGCGGCUCGGAGAAAGAGGAAUUCGCCCGGAAAUUGGGUGCUCAUGAGUAUAUUGAUACCAGUCGUGAUGAUGCCGUUGCUAAAUUGCAGGAGAUGGGCGGGGCGAGUUUGAUUGUUUCGACUGCUCCUGUGCCUGAGAUCAUCAAUCCGCUGAUUCAGGGAUUGGGGGUUCUUGGCAAGUUGUUGAUUCUCUCUAUUGUCGGUGGAAUUGAGAUUCAUACUGGCUUGCUGGUCGGAAAAGGAAAGUCCAUUUGGAGCUGGCCUAGUGGCCAUGCUACGGACUCCGAGGAUGCUAUUGCGUUUGCAGACCUACAUGGCAUCGAUUGCAUGGUGCAGGAGUUCCCCUUGGAAAAGUGCAACGAAGCAUUUGAUGCUAUGAUGGAAGGAAGUGUGAGAUUCCGAGCAGUUAUCACAAUGCAGUAA